UCUGGCGCACUUCGUACGGGAAUCAAGAGAAGGCGGCGCUGCGACGCUCUCUACGCAGUGCGGGUGCGCGGAGGAGAUGUCGGCGGGGAGGACCCGGAGACAUUACUGACGUUGUUUCAGUUUGUACGCAGAGAUAUUUCUCUCCGGAGCUGCAGGCGACCACAGAGCGAAGAAUGGGAAGGAGGAUACGUGGAGUGUUUCCCGCUCAGAGCCUGGCUGUCUCCACCGAACACCGACUUUUAAUGUUCAGCGGGAUCUUCAGGAGGGACUAGCUUCAGGAAACACAGCUAGCUAGCAGUGCAGGCUAGCUUCGCAGCUAAGUGCUGCUUAUAGUGGCCCGUAACCAACCUCCCAGCUAGCGUCCGUCGCAUGCACAGGAAGAAAAGAUGGUGUACCUGCUGAACCCUAUAGAGAACCUGCGGAGCUACAUCAACAACCGUCCACCGCUGGUCAUCUUUAUGAUCAGCGUCAGCGCAGUGGCCAUCGCCUUCCUGACCAUCGGGUAUUUCUUCAAGAUUAAAGAGAUCAAGUCUCCGGAGCUGACGGAGGACUGGAACACCUUCCUGCUGCGCUUCAACGAGCUGGACUUCUGCGUGUCGGAGAAUGAGACAAUAAAACACGGUCUGAACGAGUCGACCACGCCGGAGAGCAUGGUGGUGACCAGCGGACAGGCUCGCUCCAGCACCCAGGUCCCCCUCCUGCUGGAGGACUCUGGCCCCAUCAACAUCUCGGUCCCCAUCACCCUCACGCUGGAUCCCCAGCGCCCGUUUGGAGGCUACUCUCGCAAUAUCACCCACCUGUACGCCACAGUGCUGGGGCAGCAGGUCGGCCUGUCUGGCCGGGAAGCUCAUGAAGAAAUAAACAUCACGUUCACGCUGCCUUUAUCCUGGAACUCAGACGACUGCGUGCUGCACGGACACUGCGAGCAGGUGGUGUUCAGCACUUGCAUGACCAUCACGGCGGCCAGCAAUAUCUUCCCAGUCACAGUGCAGCCACCACACUGCGUUCCUGAGACGUACACCAACGCCACCUCCUGGUACAAGGUGUUCACUACGGUCCGCGACUCAGACACCAAGUACAGUCAGGACUAUAAUCCCUUCUGGUGUUACAAAGGAGCCAUCGGCAAAGUGUACCACGCACUCAACCCAAAGCUGACCGUCAUCGUCCCAGAUGACGACCGCUCCCUCAUCAACCUGCACCUGAUGCACACGAGCUACUUCCUGUUCGUCAUGGUCAUCACUAUGUUCUGCUAUGCAGUCAUCAAGGGACGGCCCGGCAAAGUCCGACAGAGCAACCCAGACUUCUGUCCUGAGAAGUUUCAGAGGAAACAACAUGCUGUUCUUUGUGUUUGUUGGAGUCGUGAUGUCAGAUGCUUCUGCCCUCAGGUGUGCUGAAACUACAGGUGGCGUUAUCAGAGGGCUAACCGGCUGUGGGAGAGCUGCGUGAGGACUGACCUGUGAUGAGGACGAAGAGACAGAAGAAUAAAAUAAACCAGUUGCCUAGUGAACCGUGGAAACACAAUAAGGGACACAAAAGCUCUGUGAAUGCAUUACUCUGCAAUGUUGGGUUUCUCCAACCAAAGAUAUACAAGUGCCUGUAUCUGUCCUGUAAAUAUUUGUAGGAACUCUGAGAUUCUGUGCGAAGCCUCUCUCUCUCUCUCUUGGUAUUGUUUUCUUAUGAUUUUGCCUGAGUCCCCAUGUGCCAUGUCAGAACAUGCAGUACAGAAACAAAGCAGAAGGCCGCAUCGUCCAUCGUUCAGCCUCGUUAACGCAGACACACCUCAGACGCUGAGAGGCGACCUGAGUCCAGACUGAUCCACAGCCGCUGUAAUCAGAGCACUUCUAUCUGCCAACUAAAUUACUGUCAGCCCGAGUACUCAGCUGGAGAUAAUUAUAAUAAUUCAGCCCUCAGCUUUAACAGUAAACAAUGAAUUUAGUACUUUUCUCUGCAGUGACAUUGGACAUUACAUAAAGUACUAAUUAGUUUACUUAAUUAAGCUGUUAAUCAUAUCUGGUUGUGUCCCUGUGUGUCUGCACUCUGCUCAUUACUACAUAAAGACAAAACAGCAUCGACGCUGAAGUUAAUGACUUCCAUCAUCCUGUGGUCUUAUCGCCAGUCCGUUUUAAUGAGCCACAGUCUGUUUGUCUGUUAGAUGAAAUCAGUUUCUGCCUUUUGUUUUCCUCCUCUGAGCUUCUUCAUCGCUGCAGCGGCUCCUCGUCUUUUGUUGCUCCUGGAUGAAGCAGAAUAUUUUCUUGCCUUACCUUCGGUGGACUCGCUUGCUUGGAAACAGACGUGGAGACGGUUUCCUUCUUCUUCCACAGACAUCCUCCUCUGUGUCCUCCAGCCUGAGGAGGCCGUGCUCUGUGAUCGGUCCUGUUGGUGUCACUUGUUAGAUUUCAGGAUGUUUUCAUCUGAAACAAUCAUCAUCAGCUGUUUCCUGUUAGUGCACCUUUAGAUGUGUUGCACAUUUUGUCUGUGAGGAUUUUUUCUUUUGUCCGACGUCAACAGAACUUUAUAAAGUUAGUUUCAGUCGGACGCAUUCUGAAGAUAAAUAUAAUUAUAUAUUAUUAUAUAAUUAUAUUUAUGAUUAAAUCAUUUAAUUUUUCUAUUGUUCUGUAGUUCAGCAGAAUGUGCAGACUGUCAGUGUGAACGUGUGAACUGUUGUGAUAUUAACGGCGGCUUCAGACUGUCAGACUGUUGCUCAGAAGUUUAUUUAUGUCCACGUGACUUAUUGAGACGCUGAAGCUCAAACUGAAGCUUUAAGGAUAAAAUUCGUUCUCUUCCACUGAUGAUUUCUGUUCAGGGCUGACUGACAAUCAUUCGUUUUAAAUGUUCUGCAGACAAAGACACAGAGUUUACUGUGACACGAGAGGCUGCAGGCGCCUCAGAACUCCACCUUUAAACUCUGAACUGACAAUUAACUUUUUGACUUUUCUUGGAAGUUAAAAUUGUGAAUCAGAAUUUUCAGGAGAAAAUAUUCAAUCUCAGACUUUAAAGUUGGACUUCUGAAGAGAAGAAGAUGAAAAUACAGAGGAGAAGAGAGAGACACGAGUCAGAACACGUCGAGUCGUUCAGGAUGUUGUCAGAUCUGAGCUGCUUAAACUAAAACUAGAGAAUAAAAACGGUCUGAAUCUGCCUUUAAUAUCAAUAUUUUUCAAUAUAGCUGACACAUUUUUUGACCUCUGUUCAGAUUCUGUUCCAUAAUUAAUUGAUGUACCUGUUGAAUGUACUUUUUUUUUUAUAAGCAGUAGAAAUAAUCUAAGAUGCAACAGUUCCUCCUGAUUUUAAACGAUGACGUAGUUUCAGACUUUUUCAGUUCUAAAGGCUUUACUUGAAUCGCGUUUCGUUCGAGUGCUGUUCACAUAUUAUUAUUAUUAUUAUUAUUAUGAGGUUUAUCCUUUAUUAUUAUUGUAUCAAACACUUUGUGCAUUUGAUUUCUGUGAGUUUGUUGGUGAACGAGUGUUUCUGACGCGAGGACAAGUCUUCCUGAUUCUGAUGUGUCUCAUAUCUGAACAUGUUCACCUUCAUCACCUUCAUCAUCACCUUCAUCUCUCCUGUGCUUCUUCUGGAGGAUUCGGCAGCUCUCAUUGGACAGUUGGAAGUGUUUGCAGGUGUGUGAGUGAGUGAAGCUGCCAUGUUGAUGCCAAACCACCUGCUUCCUGUCAGUGAGCUGUAUUUACCUGCUUCUGUCCCUCACUUUGGUUUUAUUACAGAAUGCCUUUACACGUCCAGUUUAAGUUUUCUGAUCCACAUAUCUCAUGUUGUAAACAGACAGUGAACAGAGUGAUGAUGCUUGUUCAGUGCACAUGUAGAGGAACAGACUCUACAGGAUGCUCUGCUGUGUCACUGCUGAUGGGAGUGAAACAGGAGUGUAACUUCUGCUCUGCAUCGUGAAGUGAACACAUCACGUCCACUGUGAGGCGCCACGUCACCCUCCAUCCUCUCCGUCAUGUUAGUAGCGCUUACAGGCGAGUAUAAAGCCAACUGUGUGCCUUCUGCACUAUCCAGCUGCAUCCUCCUCCUCCCUGUACAUACAGUAGAUAGGACCGUAGGUUUAAUGUGGCUGCAACGUCAUCCUCCAGUGGAACUGCUGUAAAUGAACUCAAGUUUAAAUAAACUGUCUCUAAAGUUCA